GUUUCACUGUUCCAGUUUAUUGCCAUUGAUUUUCUAACGCAUUGGCGAAUGGUCUUUCGCCCUUUAACUUCAGUUUAGGAGUUGUCAUUGCUUGUUGUUGUUUGGUACAGAUUUAUUUUCGAAUAAUCGGAAUUGCGGUGAUUAAGUGGCGCAAUUUAUAUAGCACGAGCAAUUUUACAUUUUUCCUGUAUGGUGUACGCAAUACAAUUCCUAACGUGUAUAUGAUAAGGUUAAGUUGGUUCUAAAACAACGAAUAUGAUCUUUACGCGCGCUACUGGAUUGCUCUCCAGGUACCUGUAUCGCGGAGCUCAACGUUGUUUAAAUAACGACCAUGCGAUUUGGACACCGACAGAAACACGAAACGAAAUUAAAAAUGAGAAGCACAUUGUCUGGCUUGAUAUGGAGAUGACAGGACUAGAGGUGGAAACAUGUCAUAUCUUGGAAGUUGCAUGUUUCAUAACUGAUGAACAGUUACAGCUUGCGAGUGAUUACUUAAAUAUUGUUGUACAUCAACCGGAUAAGGUUUUAGAAAAUAUGUCUGAUUGGUGUAAAGUACAACACAAAAAGAGUGGCUUAAUCGAUGAAUGUCGACUGAGUAAGAUUACAUUGGAGGAAACGCAACAAAGGACAUUGAAUUUUUUGGAGAAUCAUGUCCCAGAAGGAACAUGCCCGUUGGCUGGAAACUCAGUUUAUAUGGAUCGUAUAUUCCUAAAGAAGUAUAUGCCGUUGGUCGACAAUUACUUGCACUACAGAAUUAUUGAUAUUAGCACGAUUAAAGAUUUGGCUAGGAGAUGGCAACCGACUAUAAGUAAAGCAGCUCCAAAAAAGCAACACUGUCACAGAGCCGAGCACGACAUAAAAGAUAGUCUAAAUGAGCUUCGUUAUUAUAGGAAAUAUCUAUUUGUAUCAUAAAAUAUAAAAAUAAAA